UGUUUUCUGCACAUGUAUCUGCCUUCAGUUCGUUUCUGACUCAGCAGCAGUGGUGGUGGAGACCGACAUUUUUCUGUCACGUGAUUUCAGGGAAGUGACUUACCCUCAGCACUUGCAAAAUAAAACACAGAACAGGUUUCACUUACAACAGACUAAACAAACAUUGACAGAACAAGAGGCAGAACAAAGCUGUGCUUUUACACAGGUUUGAUUUUUAAUUUAUUACUUUAUUCUACUUUUAUUCUGUUCUGUAAAUCUGUGGUGUUUUUAUUUCAGCUGGUUUACUGCUAGAUAAAUCUCUUUUAAUUCUCUAAAUAAGAAUAUAUCUGUUACAUUUACUGUGUAUAAAUUUACAUUACAUUUACUAAACCUUUUAUAGAUGUAAAUCUCUUGGUUUGAGAAUGUGUUAACAUUUUGAAGCUCCAGCAGAAACUGUGGGUGUAGCUCAGAAAGCAGAAUAAAAUCAGACCUUAUGUAUUUAUGUUGUGGAAAUAGAAACAGUGACAAAACAUCAGUUAAUUACUUUGUGAUUAAAGUUUCAGAUGAAUAUUUAAUAAAAUAUAGUUUCUGUUGAACUGAAGAACACUUCCUAGCAGGAAACAGAUAUUUUCGUGAUUUUUCAGCUGAGGACUGAUUUUGGGCCGUUUGGGUUUGACUACUGUGUGUUAAAUGAUUUUUUUUUUGCCAUUCGGUAUAAAAAGCAGAUUGUUACAGUUAUUUAACAGUGCAGUUCACCUGAACAUAUUUUUGUAUUUCUAUUUUUUUGUCACCAAAUCACAUGAUGUGAUAGCUCAUGUUAAUUUUGGUGAGGAAGUUGGUUUUGGGGAUGAGUCAUGAAUCGAGUGAUUAAAGUUGUGUGGUCUGAGUGGUUAGCAGUUUCAUGCGUUUGAAAUUUGUGUUGUUUGCAUUCAAUUUUACUUCCUUGAAUCUUGUUGGAAUUGGAGAACUCUGGAUAUUAAAAAGCUACAACUAGCUACACCUCAAUGAAAAAUACCAGGCCAAAUAUGUAUCUUUAAUUGGUUUUCACAGCUCAAAAGGUCAAAAUGUCAUGGUAACUGUAUUUUCAGCCUAAUGGGAGGUCAAAAGGUCAUCUUGUGGGAAUAUUUCAAUUUCCAUAUGACAUCAAACUAUAUUUUGUGUAGUCAGAAGCUUCAUAUAUGGUGGGUAUAUCUCAUCAAAGUAUAUUAUGUCAUGUAAAGGUCAAAGGUGAUUUGCUGUAAUGCUGUUUCUAUUAUGUUAAUGGUUGUACAACAAAGCAUAGACUAUUGCCUUGGCUCUUUUAACAAGACCCAUAUGCCUACACACGUAGUCAAGUAUCUGCUCAAUGAACAAUUAACAAAUAGUAUCCAUUUCCUUCGUCGUUAGCUUCAUAUAUGGUGGGUAUAUCUUGUCAGACUAAAUUAUGUUAUAAAAUGUCAAAGGUGAAGAGUUAUAGUACUGUUUGUGAUGAUAUUGACAAGACCCACAUGCCUAGUCACAUAGUCAAGCAUCUGCUCAAAGAACAAUAAACAAAUAUUAUCAAUGUCCUUUCCCACACCCCCAAUUUCUUAAACGUUUCUGACCAACAGAGUGCUACAGAAUCAGUUAUCAAUUACCAGUUGAAUGACCUACACUAUAUUGCCAAAAGUAUUCGCUCACCCAUCCAAAUAAUCAGAAUCAGAUGUUCCAAUCACUUCCAUGGCCACAGGUGUAUAAAAUCAAGCACCUAGGCAUGCAGACUGUUUUUACAAACAUUUGUGAAAGAAUGGGUCGCUCUCAGGAGCUCAGUGAAUUCCAGCGUGGAACUGUGAUAGGAUGCCACCUGUGCAACAAAUCCAGUCGUGAAAUUUCCUCACUCCUAAAUAUUCCACAGUCAACUGUCAGCUGUAUUAUAAGAACGUGGAAGUGUUUGGGAACGACAGCAACUCAGCCACGAAGUGGUAGGCCACGUAAACUGACGGAGCGGGAUCAGCGGAUGCUGAGGCGCAUAGUGCGAAGAGGUCGCCAACUUUCUGCAGAGUCAAUCGCUACAGACCUCCAAACUUCAUGUGGCCUUCAGAUUAGGACAGUCCAUACCAUUCACCUGCAACAAGAGGUAAAAGGGUCAGACAAAAUGAAGAAAACAAUAGCUGAGCAUGGAUUAGCAGAAGAUGGAUUAUCUUGUCAAGAAAAGAAAAAGCUCCAAAUGACAAAAGCAGAGCAACUGUUGAUCAGAAUGAAUCUUAAUGAAAAGUUCAACCAAAAAAUUAAAACAUCAGAUGUUCUUCAAAUAACCUCACGCUCAUUACACUGGAAGGAGCCUUGUACAGAGAAGGACUUAGUGGAAACAUUUUUACAAAGGAUACUAAUGAUGGACUACAGAGCAAGGUAUAUUACAUCUGAGGAAGACUCCAACAGUUCUGAACACACUCACUUAAACACAGGAGAUGAAGAAGACGAUGACUUUGCUGAUUUUUUGUCAAAGAAGACAACAUCCUUUGAAAAUGAAACCCGUAAAUGUCCUGUUCACCCCAUGGAUGUCCAGAUGGCGGUGUUCCACUGCUCUGAUUAUUUCCUAAAGCAGCUAAUAGUGACUAAGCUAGCUCAGUGUCAGUACGCUCUCCCUCUGCUGGUGCCCAAUCCCUUCACCGGAGAGAUCGAGUUUCCUCUCUGGACUUUUCGCCAAAUCAGAAAAAGCUGGAAGACUACUUUUCUUCUGGAAGACACCUAUACUGAGAACAGUCAAACCCAGGCCAUGUCUGACACUCAAACUCCGAUGGUGGCUUUCUUCAGACUCGGCUCUGUAUCUUCAUCCAAGUCUCAGCUGAUGAACAGCUUGAUCAAUGAGAAACAUCACACAUUCUUCCACAGACACUGUCCAGGAAGCAGCAAGAACCGGCUCCUGGUUGAUGGAGUGGUAGAGAUCACUUGGUUUUGUCCAUCAGAGAAGGAAACUGAUUAUUUCUCUGAGUGUGUGGCGUUCUGUAAUCUCCAUGGUGAUGUAGAAACUAAUAAACAGCAACUGGAAAUCCUGACUGAAACGUCCUCAGUGAAUGUUGUACUUUUAUCUAAUCCUGAAAAAGCAGCAUAUAAUAAGACACUACAGAAGCUCUUCAGAGACUCCAAACCACUGAUCUGUCUACUUUCUGAUGAUGAAUCAGGUGUCAGUGUAUCUAGAAAUGAUAAAUACAGAAUUGGUCUUAAAGACAGAAAUCAGUCAGAUGUAGCCAAGAACCUCAGAACAACCAUUAAAGAGUGUCUUUCAAAGUCAUCAUCAACUUUCAGACUUGAAAAUCUGAACAAAUCUGAAUUCAUUACAAAAGAUGAAGAUGAUCCUGAAUGUAAGAGAGGGAAAGAAGCUGCAGUGAAGAUCAUGAGCCUGUUAAAGGGAAAUGAAGUUUCCAAAUUAAAGGAAAGAUUUCUGCCCUGUCAGGGGAAGUUAUGGCAUGCCUGGUGUGAGAUGAACAAAAACCUGCAUCGACUUUAUGGGGACAAUUUAGAAAAGCAAAAGUCUGAGAAACAACGAAAAAUGAAGCAAAUCCGUGAAGAGCAGCAUGAACACAGACUCUCUGGUCUUAUGGAACAGUUCAUCUCCUCACUGGAUCAUCAAGGAGAAAAUGAAAGAUUAUUCUAUUUAAAAUGGGUUGGGAUUCUCCUGGACAAGCUCACCUUAGAUGACCUUUCAGAACUUCAUGACAAGUACAAUGAAAAGUGGAAGGCAGUUUUAGACCUGAAGAAGAAACAUGAUAAAUCAGAUCAAAUGAAGAAGGAACAAAAAAAACUGGAGGAAAUUUCAGAAAAACUGAAUGCAGCAACGUUUGGUUUGGAACACAUCCUCAGAGAGAUGGGUCAAAUAUACGAGUCUUUUAUUUCUGUACAAACACUCAAAGAACGAUCUAAAACAAAUACCGUGACCUGUCUUCCCAAACUUGCGGCAGAACUCAUGACAUCUGGUAAUCCACUGGAGCUGAUGGAUGGAGAUACUGCUCAUGUUCCUCUGAUCUGGGUUUCAGCAGUUCUAGAUGAACUUGUGAAGAUACUGGGAGAUCAGAGAGUGUUUGUUCUGUCAGUUUUGGGGAUUCAGAGCUCUGGGAAAUCCACCAUGCUCAAUGCCAUGUUUGGACUCCAGUUUGCUGUCAGUGCUGGAAGGUGCACCAGAGGAGCCUUCAUGCAGCUGGUCAGAGUGUCGGAGGAGAUGAAGGAAGAGCUGAAGUUUGACUACAUUCUAGUUGUAGAUACUGAAGGACUUCGAGCGCUUGAGCUCGCAGGUACAUCCACUCAACAUCAUGACAAUGAACUUGCUACAUUUGUUGUUGGUAUUGGAAACCUGACCUUGAUCAACAUCUUUGGAGAGAACCCUGCUGAGAUGCAGGACAUCCUUCAGAUUGUUGUUCAGGCCUUUCUGAGGAUGAAGAAGGUCAGACUGAAUCCCAGCUGUUUGUUUGUCCAUCAGAAUGUUGGAGACAUCACUGCUAGAGAGAAAAACAUGGAAGGAAGGAGACGUUUACAGGAAAAAUUGGAUGAAAUGACUAAGCUAGCAGCUAAAGAAGAAGACAGUGAAGCUGAGUGUUUCAGUGAAGUUAUUGAAUUCAAUGUAGAAGAUGAUGUGUAUUAUUUUGCACAGCUCUGGGAGGGCAGUCCACCAAUGGCACCACCAAACCCUUCAUACAGCAGAAAUGUCCAGAAUCUAAAGAGAGAAAUUUUAAACAAAGCUACUCCCUCUAGUGGUCUCACUCUCUCACAGUUUAAAUCACGCAUUAGUGAUCUCUGGCAAGCAUUACUCAAUGAGAACUUUGUGUUUAGCUUCAAAAACACACUGGAGAUAUCAGUGCACAGAAAACUGGAGAACGAGUUUGGAAAAUGGACCUGGACCCUCAGGAGUGCCAUGUUAACAAUUGAAGAAAAUCUUUACAACAGAAUUGAAAAUGAAAAACUUGGAAAUGAAAAAAUGGAAGACAAUUAUCUUUAUUCUUCCAUGAAAAAGACCAAAGAGGAAGUGGACAGGUCAAUGAAGAGUUACUUUGAAGAGGACAAAGACAAAGACAUUUUAAUUCAGUGGAGAGCGAGAUGUGAAAUGAAAAUCACAGAACUUUAUAAAGACCUCAUCAGAAACACCAAACAGAAUGUAAAUGAAGUUAUACAACUGCAACAGACACAAGAAACUUUUGAGCUGCAAACCACACAAAAAGAAUACGAGACAAAACUGUUCAAUCUUAGCAAAGACCUCGCUCUGAAACUCAAAGGUGAAACUACUGAUGAAGAAGUUCUUAAAGAUGAAUUUGACAAAUUGUGGGACAGAUGGGUCAGUGAGAUGACACGAGACACACCUCCAGAGAGAACUUUUAAUUUCUGGGAAGAUGCUGUACAGAUUCUGUCUUUGAGUAAUGAACUAGCUUCUGUGUCUGAACGGAAAUCUCUGCUGGACUACAGACAAAUAGACAUACGGGCAGAUUACUACCCUUACAUUUCAAGAUUCAUGACACAGAAGAUUGCUCAUUUCUUCUCUGGCAAAAAUCAACUUUCUAUUGAAGACAAUGAUUCUGUAAGAACUCUGGCCAUAAAUGUGAUCAAAGAAACUGAGGAAUUAAUCAAGAAGAUAUGUACCAAAAUCACAAGACUAGGGUACAAAGACAGCUAUAUACAGGAAAUAACAGACCAGGUCAGGAAGAGAGUUGAACAUCAUCAGAGUGAGAACCAGAGAAUUAAGUUCAACAAGGAGUUCACUCUGGAUCUCUGUCUUCAUGUGUGUGGACUUAUGGAUCAGAGAUUUACUGAGAGCCAUAAACAAUUCAGGGAUGCAAAUGAUCCAAGAGUUUAUCUGUCCAAGAAGAAACCACAGUAUUACAGUGUCUUUAAAAACUACUGCAGAGGAGCAACAACAACAGCAGUGUUUGGUGAACUGAUCUGCAGUAACCUGAAAGAAUCCAUCCUGCAAGCAGUUUACAAUAAAUCUGCCACUGAUCUGGUAUCACAGAUCAGAUCCAACAUGCCAGAGUUUAAUGGUAACAGAUCUAACCUUGAGAAACACAUCCUGAAAUGUCUUGCAGAAGAGGAGGACUUUGAGAAGUACAUAGAGUACAUUCAUAAUCCUAAAAAGCACUUUAAACACUUCAUUACAGGGAAGGUUAAUAAGUACAUUACUGAGCAGAAGAACAAGGUUCUGAACCUUUUUAAAGGAAAUCUAAAAGAGAAAGAGCAGAGAGUAAGAAAUGCUGUUCACACUGCAACUGAAGAGGUCAAGACCAGCUGUGGUGAUGCUCACAUGUGGCUGAGAAGUUUCACCAGAUCACUAACAGAUGAACUGAGCUUAAAAAAAAUAACCUUCACUGAUCACAAAGACAUUACAGACUUUGAUUUUCUUCAGAAGCUUGUCAGUGAUGGGCUCACUGUUAUGAUGUCAGCGCUAGACAAAAGCUUUAAUGAAAAAGACAUCAAAAAGGAGAAGUUCAGGAAGAAACCAUAUGAGAUUUUGAUUGAACAUCUCUGUAAAUGCUGCUGGGUUCAGUGUCCAUUCUGUAAAGCCAUCUGUACCAACACAAUAGAGGAUCAUGAUGGAGAUCAUAGUGUCCCCUUCCACAGGAUAGAUGGUAUCAACGGGUGUUACUAUAGAGGUACAACAAAUCUUGCCUCUGAUUUCUGCACGACAAAUGUGCAAAGUAAUGAAAGUUUCUACCCAAGCCAUAAUUCAGACGUGUCUGUUCCUUACAAAUCAUACAGAGAUGCAGGAGGAGUUUUUGCGACCUGGAGCAUCACCCCUGAUAAUUCUGAGCUCAUGUACUGGAAAUGGUUUGUGUGCAGAUUCCAGAAAGAUCUGGAAGAGUACUAUGGUAAAACAUUUCAGGGUUCUGGUAAGAUCCCUAGUGACUGGAGAGAGUUUACUACAGAAGAAGCUAUUGAGAGUGUAGAUGAAUAUAUCUGAUGAAAGGCACAACUCUUCUCAACAAAGCACAGAAGAAACAGCAACUUAUUCAUGAAGCAGUUAAAAACAGCUUGUAUCAGUGACAACACAAAUGACAUUUAUUAGAUUAUACUUAAUAUUUACUAAUAAUACUCAUAAUUACUAUAUGAACACACUAUUUGAUUUUUUUUCUCUUUAUUUUUUUCCAUUUCUUGAAAACUAUAUUAAUCCUAGAAUGUGCUUAUCAUAUGACUUUUUGUUCUGUUUGAGG